AGUUCGGCUUCGCAUUCGGCCGCACGCAGCAAAGGGCAUCGGAUCGCGUUUUCGCUGCCGCUACGAGAGUCGGCGUGCCGGUGUGUGUUUGUAGAGGUGUAUUACUGCGAGACGGGAUUGUGGCGGUACGUUGUGAAAGGUCGGGGCGCGGAAUGUAGCGUUCUGCAUCGUUGCGUUCCACUGUGCGUUUGUUGCAUUUAUCAGCUGAAAGGAGGGACACGCUGAGAAAGAUCACAGUGAAAGGAGUGUUCUUAUUAGGGGUAAAUAAGGAAGGCAAUGGUGAUUCUUAAUACACCACAGUGAAAAAGUGUUCCUUUUUUGAAGGUUUUAUUUUUAUACCAAGAAAUGUAAAUUAACACAACUCAGUGUGAAUCGAUCUCGCCGGCGUCCCCUGUAUUUGAAGCGCGAUCAUACAAACCAAAGUGCCGCCAGUGUUUGUGGUGCCGGAGAAGCAGUUAUAAAGUAGCAAAUAGAAUAAGGAAAACGCCUACAAACUCCCCUCACCAUGACGGUCACCUACACGGCGGAAGUGGCCACCUGCCGUGGUUUCGGCUGCUUCCUGAAGCUUCUUGUAAGAUGGCGCGGUAGUAUCUACAAACUAGUAUGGCUGGACCUAACCUGUUUCCUGCUUCUAUACUACGUGCUCAACAUUACCUACCGCUUCGGGCUAUCGGAGGACCAGAAACGGAUAUUUGAGGAAAUUGUCAAGUACUGUGCGACAUACAGCAACCUGAUACCGCUUUCGUUCGUGCUCGGCUUCUACGUCACCAUCGUGAUGACGCGCUGGUGGAACCAGUACACCAGCAUACCCUGGCCGGACCCGAUUGCCGUCUUCGUCAGUGCCAACAUUCACGGUCAGGAUGAGCGAGGCCGCGUGAUGCGCCGCACCAUAAUGCGCUACGUCUGCCUUUGUCUCACGAUGGUGCUGACCAACAUUUCGCCGCGAGUCAAGAAACGCUUCCCCACGAUCGAGCAUCUCGUGGAAGCUGGUCUGUUGAACGAGAACGAGCACAACAUCAUGUCCCAUCUGAACCAGAAGUUCCCGCGCCACUCCAAGCACUGGUUGCCGAUCGUUUGGGCGGCCAGUAUUGUGACGCGCGCCCGGAAGGAAGGUCGCUGUCGGGACGAUUUCGCGUCCAAAACGAUCAUCGACGAGCUGAACAAGUUCCGCGGGCAGUGCGGGCUGCUGAUCUCGUACGACACGAUCAGUGUGCCACUGGUGUACACGCAGGUGGUAACGCUGGCGGUGUACAGCUACUUCCUUACCUCCGUCAUGGGCCAGCAGUGGGUGGAAACGAAGGAGCUGGGCGAGGGUGUGGUGAACAAGAUCGAUCAGUACUUUCCGAUCUUUACCACGCUGCAGUUUUUCUUCUACAUGGGCUGGCUGAAGGUGGCCGAAUCGCUGAUCAACCCGUUCGGCGAGGACGACGACGACUUCGAGGUGAACUGGAUGGUCGACCGGAACCUGCAGGUGUCGUACCUGAUCGUGGACGAAAUGCACCACGAGCAUCCGGAGCUGCUGAAGGACCAGUACUGGGACGAGAUCUUCCCGACCGAGCUGCCGCACACGGUCGCGUCGGCGGAGAUACGGGAGGAACCGCCGCAACCGUCGACCGCCGACAUCGUGGUGAAGAAGCGCGAGGCGGAAGUGAUCCCGGUCGUGCCGACGGCGGUCCGGAUCGAUGAAAUGGUCGGUAAACAGAACCAACCGGUUGAGUAUAACUUCCCCGCGAAUCCCAACGACGACGAGAUGGAUGAUAACGUGAGCGGCAUUCACUUUAACACGUCCGAUAAACCGAUCUACCGCGGUGGCAGCUCAGCCACCAGUCUGGCCAGCGUGGCGGGUACGAUGUCCCGCGUUAACACGGUCACCUCGGCGCUGAAGCGGUUCUUCAGCAAGGACGAAUCGAGCCGCCCGAACAGUGCGACCCCGGACGCGGCCGGUUCGGUCCCAUUCAAGUUCCCCGGCUCGGCCAGCUCGAACAAUCUGGCCGGUGGACGCAUACCGGACCGGGCGAUGGGCAGCAUGCGCAUCACCGACCAGGUGAUCGAGGAGGUGGACGAGCAGCUGACCAUUACGUCGAUGCAGGGCAACAACGAUUCCCGCCCAACCGCAGCCAGUCUGUUCGAGCACGGACCGCCGAAACCGAGUGAACCGGUCGAUGUGCCGCAGCAGGCGUACAAUCGUACGCAAUCGUCCGUCGCCCACGGGUUCCAUCAUUCGCAGCUAACGCCACCGUGUGGUGGGGACGCAAUGCUUUCCGCCUCCGCGCCCGAAACGGGACGCUUCGAGCACAACUAUGUCCCGCUGAGUCCGACCGAUCCGGACGCCGUGCCGAUGGUAGCGUCCUCGACGGCACUGCAGGGCAUGAUGGAUGAAACGGACCGCGUCACGACGACGUUCAACAACGAGGAGACGGAGAAGGAGCAGCUGGAGCGCAAAACGCGGCUGCUGGCACGCUCGAUCAGCAAGCAAGCGGUGCUGGGGCUGAUCGAUACCGACAUGCUGCUCGACGAGCUGACCCGCAGCACGGGCGAUCUGGAGGGUUCGGAGAAGAAACCCCCGCAAAACACGCCCGAUGGCCCAACGUCCGACAGUAACAGCAAUGUCGACACGACCUUAUGAUUUUAUCUGUCCGAUGCGGCGGACGAAAACGUGAUCGUGGUCAACGUGAAGGAGGGCAGCGCCGAUAGGUAGCAGAUCUAGCACCGCAUCGUGCAUCUGCCCGUCCGCGGAUGGAACUGGAAUUGAAGCGGGAAGCGCACCAGCGAUUCCGCUGUUCCGAUCUCGCCCAAAUCUCUAAAGGUGCGCGCGACACAUGAAACAAAAAAAAAAAGGAAAAUCGCCCUCUCCCACCCCGUCUCGAAAUCUCUCUAAAACUCUCUUUUCCCCGUGCUACACAUUCCCCGCCGUUGGGGCCGUGCGUGAAGCAGCACUGCUCGGUCCCGACACGUUCCAUAGUUGCCGUAAGCUUUUAUCGUCAAGCGAUGGUGUGAGAAAGCGCAGGAAAUUGGUAAAACCGUUUCCCGCAUGAGAAGCGUGUUCAGAAGUUGUGAUUGUAAAACGGUCGGUUUUUAUUUUACAACAUAAAAAACAGUAUUUUAGUAGUGCAAGUGGCCAGUUGUACUAACAAAGUAGAAACGGGAUCUAAUGGCACCAGAUUACGAUGCACAAAGUGUGUAUGCAACCGGAUGAGCUGAUGGUUGCCGGCAGUUUAGCUUUAGCUUAAGAUUGUUGCAAACGAAUGUGGCCUGAACGGAAACGGAUGCGCCUUAUGUGUAGUUUAGCCUUUCGUCAGCAUAUGUAAGUCCUUGUUGUAUCAGCAGCAGUUUCGGGAAAACAGCAACCGGCAGCGAUAGCUAACAGUGCGGUAUAUAGCUUUUAAACCUUAAUGCUCACGUGUAAAGUAUAUUUAGUUGUUGUAUCGCUUUUUUAAACGGCUCUAUACAUCGGGUGCCUCUUUACUCUGCGAGUGUACUGUUGUAUUGUAUUGAAACCAUCGCAGGAAGAAGGUUCAACGGCGUAAAAAAGACAGGAGACUUGAGAUUUUAAUACAGCUAUGUUAUGAUAUUUGCUAAAGGUAUGAACCAUUAUUCGAAUAUCGUAUGAAACAUUAUUCGAAACAUUUUAAGCAAAAUAAAAGCUUUUCUACUAAUAAUAA